AUGGCUGUGAAAAGAAGCAGAUCAGAAGAUCCCAGUGAGGAACCCGAACAAAAGCAUUCAAAACAGAAUUAUGUACCAAGAUAUACACCAGGAAAACGUCCUAGAAGCGGCGCUCUACCCAAAGUGGAUUAUGUGCACCCUUUGGAUCCUACAGAAGAGCUCAUUGUAGAUCUAGAUUGGACUAUUCCUAAGUUGAAUUUGUUCAUCGCAUUUACUUUGGAUAAUUUAGUUGAAGCUCACAAGGCUUUAUUCAAACACUUUAUCAAACUACCCAGUAGGAAGUUUCAUCCACAGUACUAUUACAAAAUUGAUCAACCGAUCUCUAUUAACGAAAUUAAAAGCAGGGAUUACGAAUAUAGUGGUGGGGAAACCAAGUUCUUAUUGGAUUGUGAACUGAUCUACAAGAACUGUCUUGCAUAUAACGAUCCAGAUUCUCUUAUUGUUAAAAAUGCGAAACAAGUGGUAUAUUUCAUCAAAAAUGAAGUGUUGAAAGUAAAAAAUGCUACAAGAAAUUUCUUGGUUAACGAUGAUGUGAAGACACGUUUCAUAGCAAUCUUUGACACUUUACUCAAUGUAACAGAUAAACAGAUGGCAGAAAUCUUAGCAGAAGAUGAUGACGUAAAAUUAGAAGCGGCUUCUAACAACAACUUGGAUGACACUUUAAACAUAUGCCAACCGUUCCUUGAAUUGGUAGAUAAAGAUGAGUAUCCAGAAUAUGAAGAAGUGAUUCGUUUACCUAACUCAUUGAACUUGGUGAAAAAUAACUUAGAACUUGGAUACUAUCACAAAAUCUACGAUUUCAUUACCGAUGUUAAUUUGACGUUUCAAAACGCAUUGGUUUUCAAUGACGAAGAUACUACAAUAUAUAGCGAUGCAUUGAAGCUGAUGAAAUGUUUUAGUGUAUUGAUCCAAAGAAGGUUCUUCCCUGAAUUAGAAACUGCUAGAGAAAAAGGAGAAAUCACGCUGGAAUACGACAAAAUUGAAUAUAAACAGUUCGUACAAGAAGAAGAAGAGGAAGAACCAAUUCUUUCUGAUGAUGAUGAAACUAACGAAGAAUACAAUUAUAUAGAGGGACUAGGAAAUGGAUAUAAUCGAGGCCCAAUGUCUAGAGAUUACCUUUUGGGACCAUCAAAAACAAGUAAAACUGCAGACUCGAAAGUUGAAAACAAUGAACCAGAUAAACCACUUCCCUUGAAAUUUAACAUCCUUCCUGUUAUAAAAAAGCACAACAUUGAACCAAAGACAGAGCCAGUGCCUUAUAAAGUGAUAGAAAAGAUUCAGAUUUCUUCUUCUAGAAGUUUUUAUGAACAAUCAAUACGACCACUGAAGGGACUGUAUCAGAAUUCCGACAAUAUCACUUGGUUCGAAUACAUAUUCGCAGAUGGUGCCCUCACCCAAACCAGCCACGAAUAUGCUAUUACACUACCACCAAAACAAAAUUCAAUUACUGUGGUUUCACAAUUAAGCUCUCCUGUUUCAGAAGAUAGCCCUGCAGUUUUGAUAGCAAACAAGGAUAAAGUAAACCCAAUACCAGUAUUAGAUGGGGAUAAAUUCGACGAAAGUAAAGCAAGAUACGAUAUCAAGUUGGCAGAAGGUCUGAACACUGUUACUUUCUCUGUAAGAGAUUCAGAGAACGACCGUUUGGAAACAGCCAAAUUCUGGAUUAGUGUAUUACCUUAG